AUGUGCGCGGCAGAGAAGGAAAAGUCAAGCGCUCCGAAAGGCACAAAGGUGGUGUUAAGGAGGCUUCCACGCGACAUGACAGAAGCUGAACUAAUGACCAAGCUUGGACAAACCCCACCGUCGAUAUACACAUAUUUUGUGCCGGCUGAUAAGGAGAUGGAACCAUUUGCUUACUCUCGAUGCUACUUCACCUUCGUCAAAAAUUCUGAAGUAUUAGAAUUCAGCCGUAAAUGGAACGGCUAUCGGUUUGCGGAUUCAAACGGUAACUACUCAGCGGCGAUGGUUGAGCUAACAUCGAAUGAUCGUAUACCACGCAAGCCACGAAGUGAUGUAGCAAAAGAUCCGAAAUGCGGUACCAUAGAGAACGAAAUUGAAUAUAAGCAGUUCAUGCACGAUCUUGAAGUUGAAUACGAAAUGGCCAGGUUAUCACUGGAUGAGCAGUUGCUGCAUGCACAACAGUUGAGGUUGGAUGCAAAAGCAUCUGCUGUUCAACCUACCCCUCUGACACAAUACAUAAUAAAAGAAAUGGAGGCCAAAGCACAGCGCAAAGCGGAAAGACGUCGCGCGGGCCGAUCAGGAUUCGAUCGAUAUGAUGCACCGAAUGCUGAGAGAAAGGGUGGUGUGCUUGAGAUAAAGAACAGUUCUCGAGGUUGGGGACCACGAUCAUUGCGUUCGAAUGCGGUGGAGGACAAAGAGAAGGGAAAAACAGAAAAUAAUAACAAGGAUACGGGAAAAGAAACAGGCACGAAAGAAGAAGAACCAGUUGACCAUUUGGCAAGACUUUUCGCGAAUGCGAAGAAAAUGCCAGUUACUACUGAGCCCAGAGAAAAGAAACCGGUCUCUUCAUCUGGAAAAUUCGAGAAGCAGUCGCUAAAACUUAGGAGAGAGCGUGGAAAGGGAAAGCCAGAGAGUGCCGUGGAAAAGAAAGAAGAUGGGGGAGAAAAAGCGGUGGAAAGUCACAAAGGGUCUGAGGAUAGCGAAGCAAAGGGAACCAUGGGCCUUGAUUCACCCUUAAAAAAAGUUCCACCUCCGAAGCGCGAUCCUGCUGAGCGGCAAAGAAGAAGAGAAGGACAGACAUCGCGUCCUGUCAAAAAACCUUCAGAACGACUUCUUGCAGCACUGGGGGCUGCAACUGCAUCGAGUCGGUCGGCGGCAGCCUCAUCUAACUCUGAUUUUAAAUCGAAGAAGUACUCGGAGAGAAAUCGACGCAAGGAUGAAUCUGAAAAAGAUGAAAAAGAUUCUGCAGACGUUCCAAAUGCUAGCUGA